UCUGCAAUAGCUGAGGCUUAAACCAUAAGGCAGAAAGACCCAUGAACAAACAACUGAAGACAGCUGUAGUAAAGGUCUGAUAAAGCAUCACAAAGGAGAUUCAAUGGAAAUCAUUGGAGGGAAGGAAGCUAAGGCCCAUUCCAGACCAUACAUGGCAUUUUUGAAAGGUACCAAAUACUGUGGAGGAACUUUGAUUAAGACAAACUGGGUUUUAACCGCAGCACAUUGUCCAAUUGAUAGUAAGUCAGUGGUCAUUCUGGGGGCCCAUUAUUGGAAUAGAAAUGAAAGUGAACAGCAAAGGUUUUUGGUUUCCAAAACAGUACCACACCCAGACUUUCAAAGUUGCACAAGAUCCAAUGAUAUUAAGCUUAUACAGUUAAAAGGUAAUGCAAAGCUGAACAAAUUUGUGUCAGUUUUUCAACUUCCAAAAUCUACUGAAGAUGUGAAAAUUUCAACUGUGUGCGACACUGCAGGUUGGGGCGUCACCAAAGCUAACAAAGACGUACCAUCGGACUAUCUACGUGAAACAAAUUUAACGAUUGUCGAUAGAAACCAAUGCCACAAAAUAUAUAGCAAACAGAAACCAAAAGAAAUAAUAACUGAUAACAUGCUCUGUGCCAAACCACUUAAAAAACAGAAAACAGAUACAUGCGCGGGUGACUCUGGUGGACCUCUAAUUUGUAACAAUGAACUACGAGGGAUUGUUUCAUUUGGGAGCAAAAAGUGCAGUCCAAAAAUACCUGGAGUGUAUACUCGAUUAACAUCACAAUAUGUGAAGUGGAUACAGACUACUAUUGGUGGUGAUUUCUAAAUCUGCAUUUUAUUCAGACUUUUGAUCAUUUUAAAUUAAAUUUCCUUUUACAGCUUAUUGUAUCUUUAAUAUAAUAAUGAAUUUGCAUAUUUACAAAUGAUAUGUUUAUGUGAUAUUUUUC